GAGAUAACUGCUUUGAAUUUAAUGUGGCAUCUUUGCACGAAUCACGUGUUUUUAUUUGUAAACAAAACAGUGUAUGGGAAGGGUGUGUUGGAGAUACAAACAUGGGGAGAAAACGUCGACGUGAUCCAUUUGACCAGGAAAUAUGCGUUGUUCCAGAGAAGCUGGCAAGAAGAAAGAAGAGCAUGUCUGGUGAUAGCUUCACAUCAGGGAGCAGCAGAAGUCAACAAGCCAUCAAUACAAGCAAUGAUGACAGUCAUAUUACAAGUGCUUUCGAAGAUCAAGCAGAGCUUUCCAGCAGCAGCAGCAGCAGCAGCAGCAGCAGCAGCCAACAAAAUUUUGUGCAGAAUGUAUCAUGUGCAGACAAGGCCAGAAAUUCUGUAGAUCAUGUUUUCAGAGAGGAUGAUACUAUCAACAUUUACAAUGUGUAUGAGAGGACAUUCAAGAAAAAGGACAGUCUGAAGGUACAUCCACUUUUUCGCAGUGGUGACAACUGCUACAGCUGUACCUUCUGUUGCAAGACAUUCACCAAGAGUUAUAGCUUAAAGCAGCAUUUGCGUGUGCACACUGGUGAACGCCCAUUCAGCUGCACUGAAUGUAGCAAAACAUUCAAAGCAGCCACUGCUCUGAAGUACCAUAUGGGGCUACACACAGGUGAACGUCCAUUCAUCUGCUCUGUUUGUAGCAAAGCAUUCAUACAGAAUGGUCACUUAAAGGUGCAUUUGCGUAGACAUACAGGUGAACAACCCUUUAGUUGUACUGUGUGCUGCAAGAGAUUCGUAACUACCACUCUCCUAAAGCAGCACUUGCCUUUACACUCAAGUGAACGCCCUUUCAAAUGCACAGAGUGCAGCAAGAAGUUUAAAUGGAAAGACAGCCUGACAAAGCAUUUACGUGUCCACACGGGUGAGCGCCCCUACCGCUGCACUGUGUGUAGCAAGACAUUCCAAGAUAGUAGUAAUCUAAAAAGGCAUUUGCUUGUCCACUGUGUGAAUGCUCCUUCAGUUGCAAGAUCUGUAGUAAGAUAUUUGCAAUGAACAGUAAGGAAUACAGACGUGAAUGCUUCUAGUUCGAAAACUUAGAGGCUACUGCAUAUUUUGAAAUGCUGUUGGCUGCAUAUUGUCACACAGCAGUUACCUGAUGGGAACUCUGUUAAUGGCACAUUUUUAACUUGUUACGAAUAUUUAAAAACGUUUGCAAACAAUAUGAAGAACCAUAUAUCUGCAGAAUUGCUUUGGUGUUGUUGUAAUAUAAAAAUUAUGUAGUUAGACAACUGCAAGCCUUUGUUAUACAGCAGAUUGCGUUAUUUCUGGUGAAUUGUACAGCUGACUGUUUUGUAACUGUGUGAAUGGCAGAUCAAAAUUACUACCUGUUUGACUGCUGGAAGAACUUCUAUGUCAUUAAAAAUGCCUUAAAAUAAGA